CGUUGUUGUCAGCAGGAAAAAUAUUGAAAAUUUGUGUUUUGUGUGGGGGAAAGUUUUUGUUGGUUUUUUUAUACUUUUGUUAUUAAAAUUGAACCCAUUUUCUUCGAAUAAAAAACAACUUAACUUUUGUUUUAUUUCAAUACCAAUCUAUAUAAAAUGGAAGGUGAAAAAAUCGAAAUGUGCAAAAGCCUUAUAGAAUGGUUUAAAACACUGAAUCUCAAAGCCCCCCAUAGCAAUGCUGAACAACUUAGCGAUGGCGUAGCACUGGCUCAGGCGCUUAAUCAAUUUUCCCCAGAUUCCUUUACUGAAUCAUGGCUCUCGAAAAUAAGAUCAGAUUGUGGAUCCAAUUGGCGUCUGAAAAUGAGCAACAUGAAAAAAGUCAUCGAGGGCGUUUACGAUUACUACACGGAUGUUCUGAAUUACACUCUGUCCGAAUACCCCCGUCCAGAUGCUCAGAAAAUUGCAGAAAAGUCGGAUAUGAUCGAAUUGGAGCGUCUACUGCAGUUGCUUCUGGGUUGUGCCGUGAAUUGUGCUGACAAACAGGAUUACAUCACUCAGAUAAUGGAAUUGGAGGAGUCCCUUCAACAGAAUAUUAUGCGGGCCCUACAAGACCUCGAAUCGACGCUGCAGGGUUCAUCACCAUCGAGAAAUUCCAUAUCAAUGGUGAAUUUUGACUUCAAGGUUCUCCAAGAGGAACGAGAUGCUUUGGCGCAAAAGUGUUUCGAAGCAGAAAAGAAGAUUGUUCUGCUAGUGGAAGAAAAAACAGUAAUCCAACAGGAACUUGCCAAGCUUCAAAUCGAAUUAGAAAAACAUGAAAACCCAGCGCUAAUCGGUGAAGAUGGAACAUCGCUGGGACCAAUGACACCGGGUUCUGCGCGUCACAACGAAAUACGCCGUCAAAUGGAACACCUUAAAGAGGAACUCCUCCAAUCAGAAGCCGCUCGAGAAGAUUUAAAAAUGAAAACCCAACAACAGGAAAAGGAAUUAACCACCUUACAACAAAAAAUUGAAGAACUCACGCAACAAACGGCAGAAUUGUCACAGUUGAAAGACGAAGUUGAUAUUCUUCGAGAAUCUAAUGACAAAUUAAAAGUCUUCGAGACACAAUUAAUAACGUAUAAGAAGAAAUUGGAAGAUCAUAACGACUUAAAGAAACAAAUCAAAAUGCUCGAAGACAGAAGUGCGGAGUAUUUACAACAAAAUGCUGCCUUUGAAGAAGAUGCAAAAAAAUUCGCCACCGUUAAGGGACAAGUUGAGCUUUACAAAAAAGAGAUCCAAGAACUUCAUACAAAGCUUGAUAAUGAAUUGAGCAAAAAUGACAAAUUAGAAUUCACUAAUAAAAACUUGGAAAGCAAUUUGAGUGCAUUGCAAAGAGCCAAGGAAAGUUUGUUGAAGGAAAGAGAUAAUCUACGAGAGGCGGUGGAUGAAUUAAAAUGUGGAGAGUUGUCAACCCGCAGAGAAAGUGGCAACACAAUGUCCAAGGAACUUCAAUCACCGGCUUUGAUUGAGAAAAUCGAACGUUUGGAAGCUGAAAAUAAAGCCUUACGUGAAGGCCAAGGUGGACAAACAGCUUUAGCGCAAUUGCUUGAUGAUGCAAAUAAACGCAAUGAUAAUCUCAGGGAACAACUCAAAGCCACAAAUGAGCAAGUUCUCUCUUUGAAAUUAGCAUCAACUAAAAUCGAGCCCAAGGAUGGUGAAAUAGAUAAACACCUUAAACAGUUAAUUGAACUCAACGAACAAAAAACUUACCAAUUAGAAGAAUUUGUACAGAAAAAUAUUUCUUUGCAAGGAAAAAUAACUAAACUAGAGAGCACGGUAUCAGCAAGAGAACAGGAACUAUUAGCAUUCGAUGCAAAGUACAGAAAAUGUGUUGAAAAGGCAAAGGAAGUCAUUAAAAAUCUAGAUCCUAGAAUAGCUACAGUUAUGGAAAACAUUGGUUUAGAAAAAAACCAAGAAACCGAAACAGAAAACAAAGUUGGCAUGAGCAAAAUGGAAGAAGAACUAAUGGCAACAGCCUUCUACAGGCUUAGCGUCAAUGCACAACGUGAUGCAGUCGAUACAAAACUUGCAAUGCUUAUGGGUCAAGGACAAACGUUCCUAGCCAGGCAAAGACAGUCAGCACCCCGAAAACCUCAAACCAACACUUUCAAAUCCAAAUAACAUACUUUUGCAUGGCAUGUCCCUAUAUUCUAUAAUAUUGUUAUAAUUAUUUUAAGUAAAAACACAAUGUUUUCUUCGAUUUCCUUUAUUUUGUGGUCAAUUGCAAAUUAGUUUAUAUCCUAUUUAUAAAAAAAAUCAAAAAAACAAAAACAAAAUUCAUCACAUUAGGUUUAUUAAAUUUUUGUUUCUCACUCAUUUGUAUUAGAAAAGAUAUUAUUAUGUACUAAAA